AUGUCGAUUGAGCAGCUGGUACUUAAAAGUGGAACGGGAGAUUCUUUCCAAGGAAUUGAGAAAAAAGACCCUAAUGAUGUGGUGAAAUUAGAGGAGUCUAAACUCACACAACUGCUAAAUGCUUCACAGACAAAGGAGCUGCUGCUGCACCUGCAAAGAAUCCAAGAUGAGUCUCUUCAACGACAACAGCAUAUUCCUUUUGAGGGAAACAAUCUUAAUCUUCGAAAAAUUACUGAACCACCUUCACUUCGCAUAAUUCCUCCGCUCAAUUUCUGUCCGGUUGAAAGGCAGCUAUAUAGAUCAGGUCAGCCAUCAAUGAUUAAUCAGUCCUUUUUGAAUCAAUUGAAUCUCAAGACCAUUAUUUGGCUUGCAUCAGAGGAGCCAAAUGACGAAUUUUUGGAUUACUGCGCUGCACAAGAUAUCCAAGUUGAGUUUGUUGCUGGAAUGAGUGAAUAUGCGUAUGAUGAUGAGCCAAUACAAGAUCACAUCACCAAUGCAAAAUUAGAGUCAAACACAAAUGCUGACCCUAACACAAUUGCAGAUGCAAAUGUAAAAGCGACUACCAGUACAGAUACAAGUACAGAUACAAGUACAGAUACAAGUGCAAAUAUAAAUACAAAUACAAAUACAAAUACAAAUACAAGUGCGACCAACGCAGAGGGUGAUGAAAUUGCUGGGACAGGCAUGGCGGAGCCGCCUAUUCCUCAGCGUAGAUUUCAUCAGCGGUUGGUGAGUCUCAACCCGUGGGACUCGUUAAAUGAACAGACCAUAACCAAGGCGUUGGAGCUAGUAGUGGAUAAACGGAAUUACCCGGUGUUGGUAUGUUGUGGUAUGGGGAGACAUCGUACGGGGACAGUUAUUGGAUGUCUUCGUAGGUUACAAGGAUGGAAUCUAGCUAGUGUGAGUGAAGAGUAUAGACGAUUUACUGGUGCGAGGGGCGGAAGGAUCUUGGUUGAAUUGUUGAUUGAAGGGUUUGAUAUUCGAACAGUCAAGAUUGAUCCUGAACUAGCACCAGAUUGGUUGAAAGUGAGGUCGUAA